AUGCCUGGAUUCUGUACGUUGGUCUCCUAUGCGGAGGAACUGCAGCGAAUGUACGAUCUACCGGUGCUGAGUGUUCGUUUCGUCGGACCAAGCACUGAUAUCCCGCUCUCAGAUCUGACGCCGGUGGCUUAUGGCAAGAAGUCUCUUGUGGUGCUCCGACGAUCGGCGUUCAAUGUCCUCAAGAUCUGCUCGCCAUCGAGUGCUGAGAUGGAGCGACGCAUCCAUGCAGCAUCCGACGGCCACUCCAACGUGCGGAGGCUUGUGAACUGGGGGAUGGUGAGCAUUGGGGAGAACAAUGACGUGUUUGGCUUUCUGGAGCUCGAGGGCUAUGGCCAGCCUUUGGGUCGGGAGCACAUUGCCGACAUGGAAGCGAUGGAUGAUAUGUGGAAUCAGGCGUACCGGGGGCUCAAGCAUCUCCAUUCCAAGGGUGUUCUUCACCGGGACGUGAAGCCAGACAACCUGGUCGUGUUUCCGGGCAACGUGCUCAAGAUAAACGACUACGAUGUGUCGUGCUUCAAAGGCGAGAGCCGUGCUUACAGCGAGAUGGUGGGAACUGUCGGGUACCAGUCUCCUUCUGAUAUGUUGCCGUAUGCGGAGGAGGACGACGUGUUGUCUCUGGCGCUCUCUUUCUAUGCUCUCAAGUUCGGAACGACAACGACUUCGAAAGCGGGCCGGCUCCAUAUCUUACUCCGAGAGCUGCAGCCGGAUGUUUUCCCUGGAGCAAUGAUCCAGGCAGUGGAAGAAGCGGUGAUGCAACUCAACUUGGAGCUACUUGAAGAAGAUUAG